CCUUGCCCCUUCUUCCUCUUCUCAUCAAACCCAGUCAAUUAUACACUAAUACAAAUACCCAAAAAAAAAAAAAAAAAAACGCUGAUAUCAUUAAUCAUAUCAUUGUUAUCAAACAAGUGCGUACAACAUGGCAAAUGAAAGAGAUCUGUUAUCGACAGAGAUUGUGAACCGUGGGAUCGAGUCGUCGGGGCCCAAUGCCGGCUCUCCGACGUUCUCCGUCAGGGUGCGGCGGCGGCUGCCGGACUUUCUCCAGUCGGUGAACCUCAAGUACGUGAAACUGGGUUACCACUAUCUGAUCAACCACGCCAUAUACUUGGCCACCAUUCCUGUUCUGGUUCUGGUUUUCAGCGCGGAAGUUGGGAGUCUCAGCAAAGAGGAGUUGUGGAAGAAGCUCUGGGAAGACACUCGCUAUGAUCUCGCCACGGUGCUUGGUUUCUUUGGUGUUUUUGUCUUCGCUUUGUCUGUUUACUUCAUGUCCCGUCCUCGCUCAAUCUACCUCGUUGAUUUUGCGAGUUUUCGGCCUAAGGAUGAUUUCAAGGUGACCAAGGAUGAGUUCAUAGAGCUAGCAAGAAAGUCAGGCAAGUUCGACGAGGCAAGCCUAGAAUUCCAGAUGCGGAUCCUCCACUCGUCGGGCAUAGGCGAUGAGACCUACGUCCCUCGGUCGGUAAUUGCCUCCGGCGAGAACACGGCCACCAUGAAGGAGGGCCGCGCCGAGGCCUCGGCAGUGAUGUUCGGGGCGCUGGACGAGCUCUUCGAGAAGACUCGUCUGCGGCCCAAGGACGUCGGUAUCCUGGUCGUCAACUGCAGCAUCUUCAACCCCACGCCGUCCCUCUCAGCCAUGAUCAUCAACCACUACAAGAUGAGGGGCAACAUCCUCAGCUACAACCUCGGCGGCAUGGGCUGCAGCGCCGGUGUCAUCGCCGUCGAACUCGCAAGGGACAUGCUGCAGGCAAACCCUAAUAACUAUGCCGUCGUGGUCAGCACCGAGAUGGUGGGCUACAAUUGGUACUCCGGCAAGGACAGGUCCAUGCUGAUCCCUAAUUGUUUCUUUCGCAUGGGCUGCUCCGCCGUGCUUCUCUCCAACCGCCGCCGUGACUACCGCCACGCCAAGUACCGCCUCGAGCACAUUGUUCGCACGCACAAAGGUGCUGACGAUCGGAGCUUCAGGUGCGUCUACCAAGAGGAAGACGAGCAAGGUCUAAAGGGUCUAAAAGUAAGCAAAGAUGUGGUGGAAAUCGGAGGCGAUGCUUUAAAAACAAACAUCACCACGCUAGGUCCCCUGGUCUUGCCCUUAUCGGAGCAGCUCCUCUUCUUCGCCACGCUGGUAUGGACCCACCUCUUAGGCGGAAGAGUCGUCGGAGCGAAGGGCUCAUCCCAGCCGUCGCUUUCCCCGGCCACCAAGAAGCCGUACAUCCCUGACUACAAGCUGGCCUUCGAGCACUUCUGCGUCCACGCGGCCAGCAAGCGCGUGCUGGACGAGCUCCAGAGGAACCUCGGCCUCAGCGAACGCCACGUGGAAGCUUCUAGAAUGACACUCCACCGGUUUGGCAACACCUCGAGCAGCAGCAUUUGGUACGAGCUGGCGUACCUGGAGGCCAAGGAGAGAGUCAAGAGAGGGGAUCGGGUUUGGCAGUUGUCGUUUGGCUCGGGAUUCAAGUGCAACAGUGUCGUUUGGAGGUCCUUACGACGUGUCAGGAAGCCUUCUGGAAAUAAUCCCUGGCUCGAUUGCAUUGAUAGCUACCCAGUCAGUCUCUAAAGUAAUCUAGCUACCUCGUCGCAAUUUCCCAUCAAAAAGAUGGAUUGAUCAUCGCUAAUUAUUUGCUUGAUUUUGAAAAAUAAUUGUGGAUUAUAAUUACUUAUAUUGUAAUCUGUAUCUGCUUUCUUUGAUAUAUAUUGGAACAUGUUAAAAGAGGAUUUACCAUAUAUAAAUAUAUAUAUGCAGCAAUUUGUCUUUUUUUUUUUGUC